AUGGAAAAAGAAAUGAAGGAGACGAUGCCCGCAACGCAAAAAAGGGCGGACGCUGGUAGGAAGGAGGAGCGCCCAGACGCUACUGAUCUGCCGCAGGGACGGCGGCGGGCGAGGGAGGGGACCGGCGGCGACUCGGAGCAGCAACCCGCACCGCAGCGCCGAAGGGUGAAGGAAACGCCACAGCGGGGGGAGGAGGGAAGGACCAGGCUGCCGUUGCCGGAGGGCUUCUACGACUCCGUGUUCAACGCGAAAUGGAGCCAUGUCUUGGGGCAUCCCGGGGGGGAAGGGGAAGAGAGGGAGCUGCGGAUGGAGGUGAAGGAGGGCCAAUCACCAACACAGUGGUGGGAGUUCGAUUUGAGUGGUAUGUUUAUUAAGCCGCUGAGCGAUGCAGAGCAGUUUCGUCCACCGCGCCCCCGGCUGAUGGUGCUCUCCUCCGAGAAGGGGUGGCCCUAUUCGCUGCAGGAUGGCACAGCCCUUGCCGACUGCUUCGUCACCGCCGAGGCGGAACGGGUGUGGAAACGCCUCAACGGCUUUCUGCGCAUGCUGUUUCGCCAUUCCAUGGGAAGAGACUCCGAAGUGGAGCGAGUUUUACUGCUUGGGACGCCCGGGAUGGGGCUGUCGAUGACUGUUGGCUCCUACCUCCUCUACCAGCUGCUGCACUACGACGCCGAGCAAUUGCAGGUGGCCGUCUACUGCCUUGGGGGAGAGCUGGCGUACGUGUUUGACAAAACCACGCAAACGGUGACGGAGCACGAGGGCGCGGGCAGUAUUGUCGAUGUUAUUAACGGCUUGGCCGGGCGCGAAAAAAAAGGGUAUAUUGUCUACGAUGUGUCGGAGGAGGGGGCACCGCCGUCGUCAGGACUACCGCCUGCUGGGUGGGGCAUGAUUUUGCUGGGAUCCCCAGAAAAAUAUAACUACAGAGCACUGGCGAUGCAACUGCGUAUCGGUCUCACCAUCAUGAACUGCCCUAGCGAGCCCGAGGUGAAGGCGAUGUGCGCCUGGAGGACGCGUGACCGCCCCGCGCAGGAGCAAAAGGAGUACUGGGAGACGGUCUACAGGCGCAUGGAUGAAAUCGGACCGGUUCCGCGCUACAUCCUCACUGAGGCUGAUUUCAAUGAGCGCACUGCGGCGGUUAACAGCGCCCUGCAGGCGAUUGACGCCUCGGCUGCGAGAGACUUCUUUACUCAGGAAGAGGGGAACAUGUGGUGCCCGGAGAAUCCGUUUCAGAAACUUGUGAAAAUUGGGCGGGGACGUAGCGAAUACUGUUUGGAGCUCGUGUGCGCCUCACAUCUCUCUGAAGACAUUCGCUCUCGAAUAAGGGGCCGUUUGUGUAUGGUACUGAGCUACUACGAGUUGCUCUCGCUAUCAGCGCGUGCCUCUAGUUUUUCCCGAAGACGCUGA